CUGAAAAUCAACAGUGUGCGGUGCACAGCACAUGUUCCAGGGUAAAGUCCCCUUGCACUUGUUAUGUCAUGAUGCAUCAUCCUCAUAACCGUGUAGCCUUUCUUCCCGAAUUUUUAAACAGUAGUGCACGCCCAUUGGAGAAAACCAGGUGUGUCUCUGGCAAGUGCCCCGCCCACUUUACCGUAUAUGGCCAUUGUACGGUAAGUUGAUUGACAGCAGGCAGCAGCUGCUGAGAUACCGAGACAUGGCGGAGCGUGCAGUUUGAGUAGGUAACGCAAGAAGAGUUGCGCUACUUUUGCUCACACUUGAGUCCGCACAGCGCCACAUAAAUGGCCAAGAAGAAACUGUAAACGCAGACGAACGUGCUCUCCUCGGAAGCGCAGGGGAAAAUGAGCGAAGUUGCCUUGCGUAAGUGAUCCGGAGAAAUGUCUCGCUGUUUAGUGCAGUCAACAGCCUCAGGCAACAAACAUGGCUUCUGUGCCUUUCUGCAGUUUGUAAUGAAACCCAGCUUCAUUAAGCCAUCGCAUCUCAUGGCGACUUGGCUCAAAUCCUACAAGUGAGCGGAGAGAAAGAAGUUGCUGCUGCAUUCAUCGGGUUUGUGUGUGGGGGGAUCAGGUCUACGGCGGUAGCGCAGAGCUAGCUAGUUAGCUUGGGAACUGUAGGACCUGCAAUGGAGCCUAAGCACAAAGAGUUACUACACCAGUACCACCAGAACUUACUGGAGUCCAUCACGGAUGCAGACCGACUGAUAGAGCUGCUGAGUAAAUCGGGAAGCCUCAGCGAGCAGGAAGCCUUCGAGCUGGACCAGAACUGCUCCUCCAGCGCCGAGAAAGUGGAGCAGCUCCUGAAGAUGCUCAUGAACAAGCAGAGCGACCAUUUCCUGGAGCUCUGUGUGGCCCUGGAGAAGACAUACCCUCACCUGUACUCUGCCCUCUUCGCCAACGGCGGAGGACCAGCUGAUCACUCUGGCUCCACCUACAGCGUCCUGUCCACAAUGCCAUCAGACUCGGAGAGCAGCAGCUCCCUCAGCAGUGUCGGUACCAAAGCCUCAUCACCUCCACCUGCGCUCACGGACACCCGGCCGGCCAGCGAGAACCUGGACACCCUGCUGUUCCAGCUGAGACAAGUCACCAGAGAGCGGGACGAACUCCGCAAGCGCUUGGCUCUCGCUUCACCUGGCACCACGUUUGAUGACUGCAGGCCAAAUUCCAAACCUGGCCAUGACUACGAGCGUCUGAAAAUGCAGUGCACGAAGGCCAUGGCAGACCUGCAGUCCUUGCAGAACCAGCACACCAAGACUCUGAAGAGAUGCGAGGAGGCCGUGAAGGAGGCAGACUACUACCACAUACAGCAUAGCCGCCUCCUAAGCGAACAGUCUCAGCUUAAGGAGGAAAUGGAGGUUUUGAAGAGAGAGAACACUAAGCUGGUUCGGGAACACAACCAUCUGAAACAGAGCUGUGAGGAGCUCAGGAGACUUCACUCUGAAGAUCAGAGAGAGGUGGCUGACAUGAGACUACAGCAACAACAGGUAAUCCGGGAGAACGGGUCAUCAGAGGUUUUGAACAAGCUCUACGAUACAGCGAUGGAUAAGCUGGAGGGGGUGAAGAAGGAAUACGACGUCUUGAGCAAACGCUACAGUGAGAAGGUGGCCAGUCACAACACGGAUCUGAGUCGACUCGAUCAGGUGGAGGAGGAGAACAGGCGCUUGCAAAAACAAACAGAUGCUCUGCUUAAACAGCGCGACACGGCCAUCCAGUACCAACAGCAGUGGUCCACAUCUAUGAGACGGUUUGACUCGGUGCAGCAGGAGCUGAAUAAAGCCUCAGCCCAGAACAAGGAGCUGCAGAGAGAGAUGGAGAGACUCCAGUCGGAGGUGACGCGCUACAAGAACUUCCAGCUGAAGGCGGUCAAGGAUGCAGAGAAAUACAAGGAGGAGCGGGAUUCUGUGUUUAAUGAAUACAGGCUGAUCAUGAGCGAGAGGGACCAGGUCAUUAAAGAGGUGGACAAGCUGCAGACGGAGCUGGAGGCGGCAGAAGCCCGGCUCAAAAACACCUCGUCUGAGAGGAUGGUGGCCAGUGAGGAGCUGGAAGCUCUCAGACAGGAGCUGAAUUCAUCGCUGGUGGAUCGAGACCGUGCCAUCUGUGAGAGAAAUGAGCUGCUGGAAAAAUACUGCCAUGAAGUGAAGGACAAAGCAGAGGCCCAGAAAGAGCUGAGUCAGGCCUGUAAAGACAUCGAGACUGUGCGGGAGGAAAGAGAUGUGGCCAGGAAAGAGAGAACCGAGGCCAUCAUCCAGAGAGACCAGUUACUGCGGGAAUACUACCAGGCCAGACAGAAACAAGACUCGGCCACGCUGGACAUGGAGCGUGCCAAUAAAGAGAUCGAGGUGUUGAGGAAACAGUGUGAGGCCAUGUCCCAGGAGCUGAAGGAGGCCAUGCAGGAGGCCGAGGUGGCCAAGUGUCGCAGAGACUGGGCCUUUCAGGAAAGAGACAAGAUUGUUGCUGAGAGAGAGAGCAUACGGACUUUGUGUGAUAAUCUGCGCAGAGAGAGAGACCGUGCUGUCAGCGAUCUGGCCGAUGCCCUGCGUAAUCUUGACGACACGAGGAAGCAGCGCAACGAUGCAGCCAGGGAACUUAAAGAGCUCAAGGAGAAGAUGGAGAGCCAGUUGGAGAAGGAGGCGCGUUUCUGCCAGCUAAUGGCUCACAGCUCCCAUGAUUCAGCCAUAGACACAGACUCAUUAGAAUGGGAGACGGAGGUGGUGGAGUUUGAGAAGGAUCGGGACGACAUGGAUUUGAAGGCAAUGGGGUUUGAUAUCGCAGAGGGGGUGAAUGAUCCAUAUUUACCAGGGGAUUGUGGGAUAUUUGUGACCAGAGUGGACAAAGGAAGUAUUGCGGAUGGAAGAUUGAGGGUGAAUGAUUGGCUGCUGAAGAUAAAUGAUGUGGACCUGACCAACAAAGACAGGAAGCAGGUCAUCAAAGCUGUACUUAACGGAGGAGGGCUGAUCAAUAUGGUCAUUCGCAGGAGGAAAUCUUUAGGAGGAAGACUGGUUACUCCUGUCCACAUUAAUCUCAUUGGACACAAAGACGCUGGUAUCACUCUUGAGGGUGGUGUAUACGUGGCCGCUAUCGCUCCGGGCAGCCCAGCUGCCAGAGAGGGAUCUCUUGCCAUCGGAGACCGCCUGAUUGCAAUAAAUGGGAUCGCUCUGGAUAACAAAUCUCUGAGUGAAUGUGAGGCUCUGCUGAGGGGCGGCAGGGACUCGCUCGCUCUCUCGCUCAUGAAGUUUUUUCCCCAGAGCACGUCGGGACAGAACAUCUUUGAGAGCCUGAGGGAAGCAGAGAAAUCCAACGGCAGAAUCCACCUGUCGGACAUCCAUUCUCGAAACAGCAGAAACCUCAAACACAACAGCUCCACUCAGACAGACAUUUACAGCGGGGACACGGGCGGCGAGAGAAGAAAGACCCGAAGCGACUUUGAGGAGGGCGGUUAUUCUGAGAGGAAGCUGUUUCCCAUCUCCACCUUGCACCCUAGCACUCUCCGACCCGCUUCAGAGCUGGGACCGGCCCGCUACAGCGGCAGUGCCUUUCAGGAGGUCUGCUACACCCGCUCCGAGUCAGUCGGCCCCGAAUGCUUUCCACUGGAAACCGGCCUGGAGAAGCAACACAGUGGCGGCACGUGGCCUAAAAUGAUGGUGGGAGUUGCAAUGACAAGCGACAACCCGGUGCAACUCUCUAUUUACCGGUCGCCCAAGCAAAGAAAACCCAUUGAUGCCGAAACCUUCAAAAGACCAGAUGCGCUGUCAAAGAUGGACUACCAUUCGCCUCAACCUUUGAAAGCAGACUCCGCCCCGACACCCCCGACCCCACCCACACGCAGCGACUCCUUCAAGUUCAAGCACAAACAUCAGGGCAGCUCCGCCUCAGAGUCCACAAUCACCGUCAUGUCUGUCCACGAAUCCAAGCAGGAGGACCGCAACGGCAACCUGUACUUCACCGAGGCGGGCCACGAGGGCAAGGUCUUGAGCUCCAGGAAGUCCUGCGAGGAGGACAUCGGGAGGAUGCGGCCCGAGGAACCGGAAGUGAAGCGUCCUAGGCCCAAAUCGGCCCCGGCGCUCAGGCGCAGGAUGACUCCUCAGACCAUUCCUCUCCAGAGCUUCCAGAGUUAUUCAAAUGAUGGUGACUCUGUGGAGCAGAGGGAGAUGCUGCGUUCCUCUCCUAAUCGACCUCACAGACACAGCGUGGGUUUUGUGCCUACAGCCUAUAAUGGAACCCUGCCUCCCAACUCAGCACAUCGAGGACUGUCCCCCUGCUCUGCAGUAACGGCCGUUAUGAAGAACCCCGUUUACAUGGUGCGCAGUCACAGAGUCCACACUAACAACUGCCCGACUGUCCCCAACCAGAUCAAUCAGCAGCACACACACCCCAGUCCUCAGCAUCAAGGGCAUCUGAGUCUGGACCUGAGCCAGAAGCCCCCCCCAGACUACUCGGACUCGUCCCGGAGCAGCCGGGCCUCACACGGCACCAACUCCCUGCCGUCCAGCGCUAGACUCGGUUCAUCAAAUAAUCUGCAGUAUCGCACAGAGAGGAUCAAGAUUCCCUCCACGCCGCGCUAUCCUCGCUCAAUGCUGGGCUCAGAAAGAGGGUCCCUGUCUCAUUCAGAAUGCAGCAGUCCCAGUCUGGUCACUCCACCCCUGUCUCCUCUCAAUCUGGAGACGUCCUCGUUCGCCUCCAGCCAGUCUCAGAGCUCCAUCUCCACCCUGCCCAGGAUCUCCGUCAGCCCCGUCCCCACGGGAGAGCGGAGAAAAGACAGGCCGUACUUGGAGGAGCCGCGGAAUGUCAUCGUGCACAAAGGGGCGGAGCCUCUGGGCAUCUCCAUCGUGAGUGGAGAGAAUGGAGGGAUCUUUGUCUCCAAGGUGACUGGGGGCAGCAUCGCACACCAGGCUGGGCUGGAGUAUGGAGACCAGCUACUGGAGUACAAUGGGAUAAACCUGCGCAAUGCCACCGAGCAGCAAGCACGGCUCAUCAUUGGCCAGCAGUAUGACACCAUCACGAUCAUGGCCCAGUACAACCCACACAUGUAUCAGCUCGGCAACCACUCUCGCUCCAGUUCCCGCUUGGAGCCAGUGAGCACUCAGUCCACCCCGCAGGGCAGUGGAGCUGCCACCCCAGAUAACCACUCCACCAUAGACACCCUGAGUGAACAGGAUGAAGGCACGCUCACCCCGUCCUCCAAGCAGACCACACCCACCACCAGUCCCAACAGCUUCAUCAGGAAGCAUAAACAAGCAGCUUACACUUUGGAAAAGCCUGGGUCACACAACACAAAAUCCAUGACCAGCCAGUUUCUGCUCCUCAAUGUCAGGAUGUCUUCUGAGAGUUCCAAAAAAGUUCCAGAGCCUCGCUUGGUAAUGGUGAGGAAGACUCAGGGGGAGCUGGGUAUUCAGCUGUGUGGAGGAAACCUGCAGGGGAUCUUUGUGGAGAGUCUGGAAGAGGACAGUCCUGCCAGAGGAGUGGACGGUCUUCUGCCUGGGGACAUGAUACUUGAGUAUUGCACGGUUAGUAUGAAGAAUAAGACUGUUGAGGAGGCGUAUCUGGAAAUGCUGAAGCCUGCAGAAACAGUGACAUUAAGAGUCCAGCAUCGUCUGGAUGAGUUCAACCAGCUGAAGGACACUCCUGGAGAUGGAUUCUAUAUCAGAGCACUUUAUGACCGAGUGGCUGAGACUGAGCUCGACCUCUCUUUUAAGAAAGACGACAUCCUCUAUGUGGAUGACACGCUACCAAAUGGCAACUUUGGCACCUGGAUGGCCUGGCAACUUGAUGAAAAUGCACAAAAAAUGAGAAGAGGGCAAAUCCCUAGCAAAUAUAUGAUGGAUCAGGAGAUCUACCGCAGACACAGUAUGACUGAACUGAAGGACGAGGCGGGCUCCAGUAAGACCCUCUCUGCUGCCGCACGCAGAUCCUUCUUCCGCAGGAAACAGAAGCACAAACGGAGCAGCUCCAAAGAUGGGAAAGAUGCUGUAGCCUUGGACGCCAUCAGCACAGACUCUAUUCCAUUCCUAGAUGAUUUUGUGAGUCUGGCCUAUCAGAGAGUGCAGAAGAUUGACUGCACGUCUCCCAGACCGGUUCUGAUCCUCGGCCCGCUGGUGGAUCCGGUUAAAGACAUGCUGGUCAAGGAAUCCCCUGAGAAGUUCAGCAGAUGUAUGCUUGAAGUGAUGAAGGCUUCCCAGCAGGCCAUCGAGCGUGGGGUCAAAGACUUUCUCUUCAUCGACUACAAACGCAGGAGUGGCCAUUUUGAUGUGACUACUGUUGCUUCCAUCAAGGAGAUCACAGAUAAGGACUGUCACUGUUUGCUUGACAUUGCACCUCACGCUAUCGAACGGCUUCACAGCGUUCACAUUUACCCAAUCGUCAUUUUCAUUCGCUACAAAAACUCAAAGCAGAUAAAAGAGCAGAAGGAUCCAGUUUAUCUACGGGAUAAAGUCUCUCAAAAACAUUCCAAGGAGCAGUUUGAGAUUGCACAGAAGAUAGAGCAGGAGUAUAGCAAAUUUUUCACAGGUAUCGUUCAAGGAGGCACCUUCCCUUACAUUUGCACUCAGAUCGUGACUAUUGUGGAUCAGGAACAGAGCAAAGUUCUGUGGACGCCGCUGGGCUCUCCGUAGGGCUCAGAGACUUACAAACACUAGACUUUAUACACAACACACGCAGAGGUACACUAACCUUAUGAGCGUCACAUUAAGAUAGUGAUUCUUUUUUGGUCUAUUCAUUUUAUUACGUUGUUAAUUGUAACUUUUAUUUGUAUAUCUAUGUAAGAAUGUCUACGUGUGUGUGUGUGUGUGUAUGCAAAUGCAGGAUGAUAGCACUGGAGUAUUUGUUUGUUUCCUUUGGUCUUCCUGACGGACAGGUAAAGUUUUAGCAAUGCUGCAUUUAAGACACUCGUUUACAGAGCAAUCAGUCAGUGAAUUGUUUAAUGUCUGUCUGAAUGUGAAGUCCCCCUGCACCAAAACGGUAUGCGUGACCCCCUCCUACGUCUGACAUAUCAGCUCAUGGACUGAAUCCUCGUCUCGUGGUUUAAGAGUCGUUUGUGGCCAAGUUUAUUGUAUAGAUGUCAGUGAACAUUGCUUUGAAUCGUAGUGCUUAUCUAUGGAGCCGAGACAGACAGCAGCGAAGCGGUUUUCUACAGGCCAAACGGAAGUGCCUUUGGAGAUCUACUGAGCGUAUGACAAUGGCAUGAAGUGAAAGCCUGGUAUUUAAACAGUAAAACUUCUCAGACUGCACUCCAGGGCUAGACAGACCACUGUGUACUAUGAGAUCUCGAAGCAUUCUCAUAGCAGAGCUUAUAUUUAAAGAGAAUAUCCCACUUAACACUUGUACUUGUGCAUACGAACUGAAGUACGGGCGCACAUGUAUGCGUAUGUAUGCAAUUUCAUCUAAAUAUAUAGAAAUAUAUUUACUGUAUUUUUACUAGGCUACAGUCCUAGGGGAGUGUCACGUCUUCGCAAAUAUUAGCAUGUUUGUGUGCGUGCGAGAGAGCGAGCGAAUGCACGUUUCUGUUUUUGUAUGUUUGUCAGUCACUUAUAUAUGUACUACACACUAAAAACAAAACAAAACCAAAAAAAAAAAAAAAAAAACAUCACGAAAAGAAAAGUUGCAGGUUAAACCUGAAACGGUUUUCUUAAAGGUGCUGUAUGUAGGAUUGACACCGAGUGGUUGAACUAGGUAUUGCAGUUCAAAUUCAGAAUAUUGGAGAGGGUUUUUACCACCUGACCCCUCCUCCUCAGACUGGACGCACACGUAGGUUGCCAAAUUGAUGACACAAGCGCACUUGACGAUGAAAGGAAUUAAAUACACUGUUUUCCACUAACUGGCAACCCGGGGUGCCGAAAUACAAUUGUGGAAAACAGUGGGUGGGUGUCACAAACCAAAACAGAGACAGACAUUCCGGCCGGAACGCACAUUUUCAAAGCAGAAAAACUGACUGUAGCAUUGUUUUUCAGAUAAACAAGUAUGUUAACUUAGCAUGUUUCUUAAAUAUCUGCAAACAUAUUAUGGUAUUUUUAUGCUUAAGUAGAGUCAAAAACUUACAUACAGCACCUUUAAAUCUGUUUAAGUGUUAGUGGUUUUUCAUUGCUAUUUAAUUAUUUUUUAUCAUUAUUAUUAUUAUUCAAGAGGCAUGUUAUGUCUCAUGCAGACCAGUAGCCCCAUUAAUGUUGUGCCAAAAACACGUUCUUUUCUUUAGUUUUUCUGUUUUGCACUUUCAAUGUUCUGAACCCUAAACAAAUGACUGUUUGUAGGUUUCCAAUAGAAUGGAAAUAGGUACUAUAAUUUUUACAGUAAAAUAAAAUUCAUGUGUAUCACUCCAGCUCCAUACAUUUCAUUAACUGCCAUUUUAAAGAAAAAAAAGAGAAACACUGCAUAAAAAGGGAUUUUUUUUCUUCACAGUAAGAUAUCAGUUCACUGGGUUGAAAUUAGAAUUUUUUUAAAAAGUGUAUCUUACGCCUAACUAUUAUUCUGAAUAGCUAGCAUAUGGUUUUUCAUGAGGGAUUCAUCACCACGAGUAUUUAGAACGAUUAAAACACAGGUACUGUUUCCAUUUGAAUUUCUUUUAUUCUAAAAGAAUGUGAUUUGUAUGAAAACGUCAUUAAUGCGAGAAUAAAAGUCAUUUUCUGUAUCUCACAAUGUCAUUAAAUGAAUCACGAUGGUG